AUGUGUUCAGUUCAGCCUCUGAGAGAGUUUAUCAGAGAGAAACUAACUGCUGCUGCUGAAGAAAUCUUCUCACAGGUGGAAAAAACCAUCGUCCAGUACGAGGAGGAGAUCGACCGUCAGCGCAGACUGCUGGACCUCACCUGGAGACCCCGAACCGGCCAGAACCCCGCAGACUUCCAGCAGCAUUUUAUCAGCAAACGGAAAGAAGUUCUCAUCGAGCCGCUGCUCUCUAACCAGGAGAGCCUUUCUGGGCUGGAGGAACCGGAAACUCUGCACGAAGAACCACAAUCAGAAACUCUGCAUGAGGAACCAGAACCAGAGGUGCUGUGUGAAGUACCAGAGACUCUGCAAAUUAAAGAAGAACCAGAUGAUAUCUACAUGGGUCAGGAUGAAGAGCAGCUUCAUCUGAAGCAGGAGACUGAGACCUUUAUGCUGAGUCCUACAUAUGAAGAAAACAAUGACAGUAACCUAGAACCAAAUGAGGACCCAGUCCUCUCUGAAACCUGUCUUGAAGCUGAUGAAGAAGAUCAGGAAGGACUCAGUCAUAAUGAGUUGAGCUGCAAUGAAGAGCAGAAACAAAAAGGUAAAUGUUGGAGAAAUAGCAAAUCCAGGAGAGACGAAAAAGCUCAGAAUCUGUAUUCUUGUAAAAUGUGCAGCAAAGUUUUUACUCAGAAAGGGAGCUUGACCAAACACCUGAGGGUUCACACCGGCGGGAACCCGUUCACCUGCCUGAGCUGUGGCCGGAGCUUUCGGAAACAUUUCAGCCUGAUUGUCCACAUGAGAAUUCACACCGGAGAGAAGCCGUUUCCAUGCCUGGUCUGCGGAAAGAGUUUUUGUCAAAGAGGGAAUCUGAACGUUCACAUGAGAACGCACACAGGUGAGAAGCCGUUCCCGUGUCUGACCUGCGGCAAACACUUCCAGCGGAAAAGUAACUUAACUGCCCACAUGAGGAUUCACAAGAGGAACAGCUGUCUGGGUGUGGAGUAGUGAUGGAGCUUCUAUAAACCGCCAGAACCGAGCCAGGACCGAGGAGUUUCCGCAGGCAGCCGAAGGAACCUGGAAAGACCCACAGACGGUUUUCUGUCUGUCUUUUAGUCAACUUAUUUAGUUACUUAUUAAGGUCAGUUUUGUACAGAAAGGGGGACUAUUUCCUCUCUGACAACCAAGCCGGGUCAAAACCCAUCCCCCUGGUGAGGAUUUGUGCUGCUGGUAAGGGGCGGGGCCUGGAUGCGGAGCAGGGGGGCUGUGACUGCUACCCGCAGGAGAGUCGGUGCUGCUGUCCUCACAACUCUGCAGAUAUUUUAGCUUGUUAGGCAGGUGGUUGUGAUGUCUGUCUGCUGGCGGGAGAGUGUGUGUGUGUGUGAGUGUGUGUGUGUUCACUGACAUAAAUACAGAUCAAUGUGUUUUAUUAAAAGAUGAUGUAUAGAUCUGUUUUAUGUAGAACAGGUUACAUUAAACGACGUCUGUUGUGA